CCAUCAAUUUCUGCUUUCAUUCCUGCAAAAAACCAACCGCAGGAAAAUUCGCGUGAAGAAGAAGAAUGGGCGAUCAUCUAGCGAGGGCGGAGGACUUCGAGAGCAAAGCCGUGAAGAAGCUCAGCGGCUGGGGCUUAUUCGGCUCCAAAUUCGAAGACGCAGCCGACUUAUUCGACAAAGCCGCCAACUCUUUCAAGCUCUCCAAAUCAUGGGAUCGAGCGGGAGCAGUUUAUGUAAAGUUGGCUAACUGUCAUUUGAAGUUAGAUAGCAAGCAUGAAGCUGCUAAUGCGUAUGCUGAUGAAUCCGCGAAUUUCUGGUGGUAG